AGUGCGCAGAGGAAGCGGCUGGAGUAUGUACCGGCUCCUGAGCCGGAGCUUGGGCCGAGGCCUCCUGCGGGCCUCGGGGCGGCGGUGCCGGGGCUGCUCGGCGCGCCUACUCCCGGGGCUGGCAGGAGGCCCGGGACCCGAGGUCCAGGUGCCGCUAUCCCGAGUUGCGCCGCACGGCCGGGGCCCGGGCCUGCUGCCGCUGCUGGCAGCGCUCGCCGGGUUUUCGAGUCCCGCUGCGGCAGAGGAAGAGGAGCAGCAGGGAACCGACGGGGCCGCCGCCGAGGACGGGGCGGACGAGGCCGAGGCCGAGAUCAUCCAGCUGCUGAAGCGAGCCAAGGUGAGGCGGCUCCGGGCCCUGCGCCCGGCCGAGCGCGGUAGCCUUUGUGAGCGGGGUCCGGCGGCCUUGUCGCUGCGCAUUACUCUCUCCGCCUCGCCGAAGAGUGGAUGGAGGCUCCGCGGGUAGAAUUGCCGAGAAUGAGUUGAGCAUCAUGAAAGAUGAGCCAGAAGAGGCUGAGUUAAUUUUGCAUGACGCUCUUCGUCUCGCCUAUCAGACUGAUAACAAGAAGGCCAUCACUUACACUUAUGAUCUGAUGGCCAACUUAGCAUUUAUACGGGGUCAGCUUGAAAAUGCUGAACAACUUUUUAAAGCAACAAUGAGUUACCUCCUUGGAGGGGGCAUGAAGCAGGAGGACAACGCAAUAAUUGAAAUCUCCCUAAAGUUGGCCAGUAUCUAUGCUGCACAGAAUAGACAGGAAUUUGCUCUUGCUGGCUAUGAAUUCUGCAUUUCAACUCUAGAGGAAAAAAUUGAAAGAGAAAAGGAAUUAGCAGAAGACAUUAUAUCAGUGGAAGAGAAAGCCAAUACCCACCUCCUCCUGGGCAUGUGCUUAGACGCCUGUGCUCGCUACCUUCUGUUCUCCAAGCAGCCAUCACAGGCACAAAGGAUGUAUGAAAAAGCUCUGCAGAUUUCUGAAGAAAUACAAGGAGAAAGACACCCACAGACGAUUGUGCUGAUGAGUGACCUGGCUACUACCCUGGAUGCACAGGGCCGCUUUGAUGAGGCCUAUAUUUAUAUGCAAAGGGCAUCAGAUCUGGCAAGACAGAUCAAUCAUCCUGAGCUACACAUGGUACUCAGUAAUCUAGCUGCAGUUUUGAUGCACAGAGAACGAUAUACACAAGCAAAAGAGAUCUACCAGGAAGCACUGAAGCAAGCAGAGCUGAAGAGAGAUGAAAUUUCUAUACAGCACAUCAGGGAAGAGUUGGCUGAGCUGUCAAGGAAAAGUAUACCUUUGACUUAAAUUGUCAAGCUCUAAAUCCAUUUUUGUGUAGGGAGAAUAAUGUCUAGUAAUGCAGAAGAAUAGCUAUUAUUCCUGUCUCUGUGGCACCCAAAUCAAUGGCUUAAAUCUGUCGUUUUUGGUAUUCAGGUUUCCUCAAUUUUGCCUUAGUGAAGGACGAGUUAUAUACACUGCCAUUUUUGUAUUAGGAAAAAUGACUUUCAUUCCCAAUGAUUAUGAUCUUUCAGGACUGCUAUGAAGUAAUGGUUUCAGUUGUAACAUAUUGACUAGGUGCUGUCCCUGCUGGUGUAAGUAGAACUGUAGAUUAAUAUGGGCUGGCUUUCCUGUGGGCUGUGGGUGUGGUGAUUCAGCCCGGCAUUUCUAUCAUCAGUUUGUGGUCUACUGAUUUCCUGCCCUCUCUUCUCUUUAUCACUAUCUGGCAAACUGACCAGAAUUACCUUUCUCAUGGCAAAGGGGGAUUAUGGUGAGUUUUUCUUAUAAUCUGUUUCAUGAAGCACAAUGUGGAAUUUAAUGCAUAAAAGAGAAAAAGUAAGUUUCCUACCAGCAUCCAGCACAAAAUUUUAAAGUGGGAAUUGGGCAUGUGACAGUAUGUAGCACCCAAAUUUUAUUUGAAUUUAAAUAAAAGUGAACCAUAUGUAUCUGGUUAUAUAAAACUACUUAAAAAUAGGGGUGGGCUAGAAGGAAUGAUGUAACCUUUUGUCGAUGUUAUCUGAGCACUCUACUUCCCAGCCUUAGUCACACAACUGAGUCACCUCAAGUACUCUUUAAAGACACACACCCAGGGCUGAGUCAGAAUAGGGCCCUACAGGUGUAUUUCAAAACUUCUUGUAAUUCUGUUGUGUACUGCUGGUAUAGUUGAACUACUGACGUGGAUCUUAGUCCUAGCCUUUUUGCUUUUGUGAUUUCAGUAUCUUCAUCUGUGAAGUAGGGAAACACUGAGAUUCUUUCUUAGCCAUGGGAGAAGGUAUUUGAUUAGAUGACUUUGAAUGAAUAGACUGCUGCGCUAAAAGAGCUUAUCACAUUGCCGCAAAGUAUGUAAAGAUACAUAGGUGGAUGCUCUUACCUCAGCAGUUGUACAAAUGUAUCUUGAGCCAUUUACCUAAGGGAAAAGACAGUUUUUCUAGGCACCAUGAAGGAAUACUGAAACUGUUGGUAUGCCUGUGUGGGUGGGAUGUGAGUGGGACUGAUAAACUGAUAUUUUUGGUUCGUAUGUACAUACUGGAAGAAUCUUUUCGUAAUAAAUGAGACUACACAACAAUA